UCUUGAACUCGAUCGAGCAAUAGUCGCUGUCGGCUUGAGCGAACGAAAAUUUCUCGUGUUUAAAAUCCGUUCCCAUAGAAUAAAAACAGAAAUAAGUACGCGCAAUCGUCGCGGUUCAACCUAACGAUCGUUUACAACUGUGUCCGCUGGUGAGAGUGUCAAUCCCGAAAGAACUACGAAGAUGUCGGACAGGAAAGCCGUGAUAAAAAAUGCAGACAUGUCCGAGGAGAUGCAGCAGGACGCUGUGGACUGUGCGACCCAAGCGCUGGAAAAGUAUAACAUCGAGAAAGACAUCGCAGCCUUUAUUAAAAAAGAGUUCGAUAAAAAAUACAAUCCGACGUGGCACUGCAUCGUAGGACGUAACUUUGGAAGUUAUGUGACGCACGAAACAAGACAUUUUAUCUAUUUCUACCUGGGUCAGGUAGCCAUUCUCCUCUUCAAGAGCGGAUAAACUGGAUUCGUACUCUAUGUUUACCAUCCUUUCUUCCUCCCUUCAUACACGCUACAUGGAAUACCUUAAAUCACAUCGCCAUCUGUAAGAGAAAUUACAUUCUGUAUACAAUGGAAAAACGUUUGUUUUUUAAGCGAGAAAUACGCUCCCAGUAAAAGAGUAAAAGUAUAUACACAUUGAUGCUAUUGA